AUGGCAGCUCGUGGAAAUGUCCCUGCACACUUGCAGGCCUCCCUCCCUGCUCUACCGCCUCAUCUUCAAUCCGAUACCCAUCUGACAGCACACCUCGCCAGCCGCUUUCAUGUGUCCCUGCCGACAGCACGGCUUUCUUCGCAAGGUCUAAUAUGCCUCAAUACCUACACUUCCUCGACAAGAGGACCUAAUGGGGAAAAGGAAGGCAGUGCCAUGGGCGAAGCAGAAGAUCUCGCACGCCGGGCUUGGACAAGACUGGGAAGUAGGGCAGAAGAUCAGGCUGUUGUUUUCUUCGGAGAAUCUGGUUCUGGCAAAACCACCGUGCGGUCGCAUCUUCUUACUUCGUUUCUCUCCUUUUCCUCAACACCGCUUUCCUCUCGACUGUCUCUCGCCGCCUUUGUCUUCGAUACAUUGACAACCACAAAAACCACAAGCACUCAAACCGCCUCCAAAGCUGGUCUGUUCUACGAGCUUCAAUACGAUUCCUCAUCCUCCAUUCCCACCCUCAUCGGUGGCAAAUUGUUGGACCACCGUCUGGAGAGGAGCCGCAUCUCCCAUGUACCUACUGGCGAACGGAGCUUUCAUGUCCUCUACUAUCUUUUGGCUGGUACAAGUCAGGCCGAAAAGACACACUUGGGUCUAACUGGCGAAACCCACAUCACCACUGCAGGGGCAGGCCUUUCUCGCUCCGCCUCGGUGGCACAGAAGAGAUGGAGGUAUCUGGGUCACCCCACCCAAAUGAAGGUUGGAAUCAACGACACUGAAGGCUUCCAGCAUUUCAAGACUGCCCUGCGCAAGCUCGAAUUCCCACGCGCGGAAAUCGCCGAAAUUUGCCAGGUCCUUGCUGCAAUUCUACAUAUUGGGCAACUGGAGUUUGGCACUGGCCAAGCAACCUUGACUGCAGCAGAAGAGAGUGGCGGCUAUUCUCAUGAAGGUGGUGAGACUGUGACUGUGGUCAAGAAUACUGAAACCUUGGCUAUCGUGGCCGCUUUCCUGGGUCUAGGUGCGCAAGAACUGGAGGAGAGCUUGCGCUAUAAGACGAAGACCUUGCAUAGGGAGCGCGUUACAGUCAUGCUGGACCCCAAAGGUGCUCGUGGCAAUGCCGAUGAGCUGGCAACAACGCUAUAUUCUCUCCUUGUUGCUUACAUUAUCGAGAAUAUCAAUCAAAGGACCUGUGCAACCGAAGAGGCUGUUGCUAAUACAAUCUCCAUCGUUGAUUUCCCUGGUUUUGCCGACCAUACUUCGACCGGUUCGACUCUGGAUCAACUCCUGAACAACGCUGCCAGCGAGUCGCUUUAUAACACUUGCCUGCACAGCUUGUUCGAGCGAACAACAGAAGCCCUCGAAAGCGAAGAGGUCAGUGUCCCAGCGACCAGCUAUUUCGACAACACAGACACAGUUCGCGGUCUUCUGAAGCAUGGUAAUGGUUUGCUUGCCAUUCUCGACGAUCAGACCCGUCGAGGUCGCACAGACAUUCAGUUCCUAGAAAGCCUUCGAAAACGAUUUGAGAACAAGAGCAAAGCUAUCACGGUUGCGAGUGCGACCACCACCAUGCCGGGUAGCAAUUUCGUGACUCCCAAUCUUACGGCUUCUUUUACUGUGCGACACUAUGCUGGUGAGGUGGACUAUCCAGUCAACAGCCUGGUUGAAGAGAAUGGCGAUGUGGUGUCGGGCGAUCUAAUGAAUCUCAUGAAGUCCACAACGAGCGACUUUGUCGGAAGUCUCUUUGGACAAGAGGCUCUGAAUACCAUUAGUCAUCCUUCGGAAAAGACUGCGAUCGUUCAAGCGCAGGUCAGUUCCAAGCCUCUACGCAUGCCAAGUAUGUCGAGGAAGAAACACGAUCAACUGCGAAGAACGGGAAGCAGAAGGGCAGAUCGAACACCUGCCGUAGAUGAGUCAGAAGUAGUUCCACAAAUUGAGGAGGGGAGAUCAAGACGCACCAAAUCGACAGCCUCUGGUCUCACGCAAGGUGCAGCAGCCCAAUUUUUGUCAUCAUUGGACAACAUCACGAAAUCGCUGACAGCACCGAACGUCAACAAUUACUUCAUAUUUUGCCUCAAGCCAAACGACAGGCGGAUUGCAAACCAGUUCGAUAGCAAAUGUGUUCGACAGCAACUGCAAAUUCUUGGAAUUGCCGAAAUCAGUCAGCGACUACGCACCGCGGAUUUCAAUAUAUUCUUACCCUUCGGAGAAUUCCUUGGACUGUCAGAUUCCGACGAAGGUGUUGUGGGCAGCGAGGCAGAGAAAGCCCAACUAGUACUGGACACCAAGAGAUGGCCAUCCAAUGAAGUUAGGAUUGGCAGCACUGGCGUGUUCAUGAGUGAGCGUUGCUGGGCAAGUAUCUCUCUUUCAGCGUCUCAAUCUGCGACCUACUUUGGCGGAGAAGCAGGCUCCGUUUCGAGGCCUGAUACUCCUGGGGCGAAUCCAUUCUCAGACUCGAAAGCUCGCUUGAUGCCACCGGCCGAUGGCACCCCCGGAUCGUUUUACGGCGAUGAGUCGAAAGGGGGUUAUUUCGGCAACCGCGAUCUGGACACCAAAUCGGAAGCUGGUGCGUCAGCGUUCCAUUCUGGGGAUAUGUUCCGAAAUCUCGAUACCAAGGAAGAGCUCGCCGAAAAAGCCAACAAGAAGAAGAUGGAAGAAGUCGACGUGGUGUCGGUUUCUUCAAGCCGCAAACGUUGGCUUGCCCUUGUUUAUCUGCUUACUUGGUAUAUCCCGGACUUUGGCAUCAAGUGGAUCGGCAGAAUGAAGCGCAAAGAUGUUCGAACCGCGUGGAGAGAAAAAUUUGCGAUCAAUCUAAUCAUCUGGCUCAGUUGUGGUAUUGCAAUCUUCUUCAUUCUCUUCUUCCCAGGGCUCAUUUGUCCAACGCAACAUGUUUAUUCGGCAGCUGAAUUAUCAUCGCACGACGGUGUAGGAAAGCACAACGCUUAUAUCGCUCUCCGAGGAGUGGUAUACGAUCUAGGCGCGUUCAUGCCGAGCCACUACCCUAGCAUUAUUCCCCAAAAGUCACUCGAAAAAUAUGCAGGCGUGGAUGCUACCGGUCUCUUCCCUGUUCAGGUCUCCGCUCUCUGCCAAGGCAAGUCCGAUUCUGGGAUCGAUCCGUCUGUCCAGCUCGAUUACACCGCAACCAAUAUUACGGGGUCUGCUAGUGUAAUUUCUGCGGCCGAUCCAAACAGACGUUACCACGACUUCCGAACCUUCACAAAUGAUCCCAGGGCAGACUGGUGGUUUGAGCAGCAGAUCAUGCUAAAGGCGAACUACAAAAAAGGGAAUAUCGGUUAUACUCCUCAAUAUGUCAAGACUCUUGCAGGCAAGUCGCAUGCGAUUGCCGUUCUAAACGACAGAGUAUAUGACUUCACGACUUACAAUCAAGGUGGUCGGAGUGUCAGAGUCAAAGAAGGCGAAGAGGCCCCAAGCGGCGUUGACACCAACUUCAUGGAUGAUCUCGUGGUCAGUCUAUUUACACAGCGAGCUGGCCAGGACGUGACCAAAUACUGGAACGCGCUUCAAAUUGAUUCUGGCCUUAGGAGUCGCAUGCAGAUUUGUCUUGACAACCUUUUCUUUGUUGGGGUUACUGAUACGCGUAACUCAACGCAAUGUCUGUUCGCGCAAUAUCUUUUGCUUGUUGUGUCAAUCCUCCUCUGUUCAGUCAUCGCCUUCAAGUUUCUGGCAGCUCUUCAGUUUGGCGGCAGGAACGUCCCUGAGAACCUGGACAAGUUCAUCAUUUGCCAAGUCCCUGCCUAUACUGAGGAUGAAGAUUCGCUUAGGCGUGCGAUAGACUCGGCAGCUCGUAUGCGCUACGAUGACAAACGCAAACUUUUGGUAGUGGUCUGUGAUGGUAUGAUUAUCGGUCAAGGGAAUGAUCGACCAACUCCAAGGAUCGUUCUUGACAUCUUGGGUGUCUCGGAAACCGUCGACCCCGAGCCAUUGAGCUUCGAAUCGCUUGGUGAAGGUAUGAAACAGCACAACAUGGGAAAAGUGUACUCUGGGCUCUAUGAGGUUCAAGGCCACAUUGUUCCAUUCAUGGUUGUUGUCAAGAUUGGUAAACCGUCGGAAGUCUCAAAGCCUGGAAAUAGAGGUAAACGUGAUUCACAAAUGGUGAUUAUGCGCUUCCUCAACCGCGUACAUUACAACCUCGCGAUGAGCCCGCUCGAGCUUGAAAUGCACCACCAAAUUCGGAACAUCAUUGGCGUCAACCCUACUUUCUACGAGUUUAUGCUUCAGAUCGAUGCUGACACAGUCGUCGCCCCUGAUUCGGCAACUCGAAUGGUUGCAGCAUUCCUUCGCGACACCCGGUUGAUCGGCGUUUGUGGAGAAACAUCACUCACCAACGCUAAGGCAUCCUUCAUCACAAUGAUGCAGGUCUACGAAUAUUACAUCUCUCACAACCUCACAAAGGCUUUCGAGUCCCUCUUCGGAUCGGUGACAUGUUUACCUGGCUGUUUCACCAUGUAUCGAAUCCGAGCCGCGGAAACUGGCAAGCCACUGUUCGUCAGCAAGGAGAUCAUCAACGACUAUUCCGAAAUACGGGUCGAUACGUUGCACAUGAAGAACUUGCUCCAUCUGGGUGAGGACAGAUUUUUGACGACCUUACUCCUCAAGCACCACGCCAAGUACAAGACCAAGUAUCUUUUCCAUGCCCACGCCUGGACAAUUGCACCUGACAGCUGGGCAGUCUUCAUGUCACAACGACGUCGCUGGAUUAACAGUACAGUCCACAAUCUGAUCGAGCUGAUCCCACUCCAACAGCUCUGCGGUUUUUGUUGUUUCAGUAUGCGAUUUAUCGUGUUUCUGGAUCUGCUAUCCACCAUAGUUGCCCCGGUCACCGUUUUUUACAUCGGAUAUCUGAUUGUCAAGGUGUCGACUUCGUCGUCUGUCAUCCCCCUCAUGGCCUUUGUGUUGCUUGGUGUUGUCUACGGCUUACAAGCAUUUAUUUUCAUUUUACGCCGAAAAUGGGAAAUGAUUGGAUGGAUGAUUGUUUAUAUCCUCGCAAUGCCCAUCUUUUCUUUUGGACUUCCACUAUACUCGUUUUGGCAUAUGGACGAUUUCAGCUGGGGUAACACACGAUUGGUGACUGGCGAGAAGGGCAAACAGGUUCUCAUCUCAGACGAAGGUAAAUUCGAUCCCGAUUCAAUCCCAAAGAAGAAGUGGGAGGAAUACCAGGCAGAACUCUGGGACGCUCAAACACAGCGAGAUGAUGCACGAUCAGAAGUCUCUGGAUACAGCUACGCCACUAAGUCGUAUCAUCCUGCUGGGUCUGUGUACGGUACUGGAUACGACACUCAACAUCUCAUGCCGAACUCCAGAUCCGUAUCACAACUUGACAUGCAUUCUCAAAUUUAUGCAGGAGGCAACAACCAGUCGAGAAUGUCAUUGGCACCAUCGGACAUGCUUGGAGGCGGGCUGAUGACAAGUGGACGAUCCAUUGCCGAUAUGGAGAUGUCUGAUCUAACUGGUCUCCCCACCGAUGACAUGAUUCUGAACGAGAUCCGCGAAAUUUUGAAGACUGCCGACUUGAUGACAGUUACGAAGAAAGGAAUCAAGCAGGAGCUGGAGCGAAGAUUUAAUGUGAACCUUGAUGUAAAGCGUGCAUACAUUGGAAGUGCUACUGAAGCCAUCCUUUCUGGUCAAUUAUAA